UUUCACUGGUAGAGCAGCAUUCUCGAUGCUAUAAGAACCAAGUAUCUUGUUGGUCUCAUAUUUUUCCGAUUCUUUUACUACUUGCUUUCUGAAUAAUAUUAUUCUGUUUUCGGCAUUACCAGACAAAAAAAAAAAGAAAGAAAGAAAGGAAAAGGAAUACACUGUCAAAUUCCUCAAAAAUGCCUAACCCUCGUGUUAAGCAAAAGGCUAGAGGCGCGGUUAAGGCCAAAACCAAAUCUCCAUUUGAAAUUGCGCGUCCUUUCCACAAGAGAGAUGAUGAAGUCGACAUGGAAAGCGAGAUGAGUCAGGGAGAAGAGGAAGAGGAUCAUGAUGUACCAGAAAAAGACGAUACCGAAAGGAAAUUGGAAAAGUUACUUUUUGGUGACGAUGAGGGCUUCCAUGAGGCGUUAAAAAAUCAGCGGGGUCACGAGGUGAUGGAUCUUGCGCUGCAGAGCGAUGAUGGAGAGGAUUCUGGAGAAGGUAAUAAUGAUGAGAUUGAAGGUGAAGAUCGGGGGUUAGAAGAUGUUCCUGAUGCGGAUCUCUUCUUCCUUGACUCUGGGACGGCCCCUGUUGAGACAGAUAUCGUCGAGGUGCCCGGAACGCCGGACGGUGCUGGGUCUGAUGAAGAAGAAAUGGAAGAUGCGCCUGCUGUGUGGUACGAUAGUGACGACGAACGGCUGACUAUCUCAUUGGCAAGCCAGGCCAGAUUAAGAAAGCUUCGCGUUACCGAGUCUGAAGACUUGAUCAGUGGCAAGGAGUACACCAAGCGCCUGCGCAGACUGUAUCAGCAACUACACCCUGUGCCGGAUUGGGCGAAUCCGGAGAUUAUCGCGAAGCAGCGGCAGAAGGCCAUUUCCGCUGGCGAUGACGACUCUGAUGCUGACGGUGUGGAUGAGAUGGACAUUGAUAACGCAGAGGAAGAGACAAUGUCUAUGCAGCCCUUGGCGCGACUUCUUCAGGGCGCUACUGAUCUCACGAAAAUCGAGGACAGAGAGCCUUCAAAUGGUAAGAGAAAGCUGCGUCAGGAAGUCUUGGGUAUUCAAAGACUGAAAGAUGUUGGUGGGAAUCAACCGUCCUCAAUCGACUCGCUCUCUUUCCAUCCUCACUAUCCACUUAUUCUGUCAUCUGGGCCUGCGUCAACCCUUUACCUCCACCAUAUCUCCCCCCAGGCCCCUGCGCCCAAUCCCCUCCUUACAUCUCUCCAUGUGCGCCGCACACCAAUCCACACAUCAGCUUUUGCUCUACCAUCUGGCAAUAAGAUAUUCUUCGCUGGCCGCCGCCGAUACUUCCACAUCUGGGACCUGGACACGGGUAAGGUCGACAAAGUAAACGGCACCGCGGACCGGAAGCAGGAGCAGAAAUCCAUGGAACGAUUCAAGCUAUCUCCUUGUGGCCGGUACAUUGGACUUGUGGGGACAUCUCGGAAGGGCGGCGGUCUCAUCAACAUCUUGAACUCUGGGACGGCGCAGUGGAUUGCCGAAGUGCGUGUUGAUGGGCGCGGCGGUGUCGCCGACUUCGCCUGGUGGAGCGACGGCGAAGGCAUGACAGUUGCCAGCAAGAACGGUGAAGUGUCCGAAUGGGACGGACGACAGCGUCGAGUUAUCGCUCGCUGGGUCGACGAGGGAGCCGUCGGCACGACCGUACUCAGUCUGGGAGGCCGAUCGGGCCGGAAACAGCUUGGAGGGGAUAGAUGGGUCGCCAUCGGCAGUUCAAGCGGAAUUGUCAAUAUCUACGACCGACGAGAAUGGGUGUCGAAUGCUAAUGCUCACAAGAAAAACACUCCUGUCUCAUCAUCAAAAUCCACGUCCAAAGAUCACCAACAGAUAUCCGAAACAGGGAUCCCUCGAAACCCGAAACCAACUCGUGCACUAGACAAUCUCACAACCCCCAUAAGCCAUCUCAUUUUCUCGCCUGAUGGCCAACUACUGGUUAUGGCCAGCCGAUGGAAGCGUGAUGCUCUGCGAAUAAUCCACCUUCCUUCCUGCACAGUAUACCGCAACUGGCCGACAUCCAACACGCCACUGGGCCGAAUCUCGUCAGUUGCUAUAUCGCCGGAUUCUACUCUACUGAGCGUUGCCAAUGAGCAGGGACGUAUCCGGCUAUGGGAGAUUAACGGAUAGGUGAUAGAUAUGGGUACUCGGCUACUACUGAGUAUCAUAUGCAUAUGCAUGCAAUGUAGACUACAGCGUGAACCUUCUUUACAUCUUUGUAGCCGAGUCAUUUGGGCUAGAGAAAAAGCAUAUGAUCAUUCAUUUCAUAUAGAGUGUACUAUCCUCGAAGCAUAUAACUCCAUCCGAUACGAUUCUAUCUCUAAAUUUACUAGCCACGAAGCUCUACCCUAGAGAAGAUAGAUGUCAAAACAUGACUCCAACAUAAUCGAAAUACUAUUAUAUAAAAAUAUACCAAACUCCAUAUCCAUACCAAAAAUAAAAUAAAAAAGACAAGAAAACCGAAAACCAAGCAGGAAGAUUGAAGAGAUCCUUAAUUUCUCUAUAAAAUCACAUCCGAAUCCAUGAACCAUAACAAAAAUGGAACAGAGAAAGGGAAGAAGUUUUUUUUUUUUUGUUUUUUUUUUUUU